AUCUGUUGAAUGGCUUUGGAGGCGUACCCAUUCCCUGCUCGAGUUCCCUGCCCGCCAGCCCCAGAUUGGGAGGAGCUUCCAUCAAGUCGGAGGAGGCGGCGGAGACGGGCAAGCAUGGCCUGCGAACCGGGAGCGUGCCACCACUACUGCAGUUGGCAAUACCUGUAAAUCAAGGCAAAGAAUUCGGGUUGCUUACAUCUAAUAAGAGUAAUGAGAUACUAAAAAUGUGACUUGAUUACUUGGUAAAUUCACCCCAGUAACACGAAUAUAACCGCUUAUUUAUUGAAAGGAUGCUCAAUCUGACAGAUCACCUGAGGCGAUUACGCGUUGAUCGCUAUGAAUAUGUUGCCAUGAAGGUGAUAGUGCUGCUGCAGUCGGAUACGACGGAGUUGCAGGAGGCGGUGAAGGUGCGAGAGUGCCAGGAAAAGGCGUUGCAGAGCUUGCAGGCGUACACCCUGGCCCACUACCCCGACACGCCGUCAAAGUUUGGGGAACUACUGCUGCGUAUUCCUGACCUGCAGCGAACAUGUCAGCUGGGCAAGGAGAUGCUGACGAUCAAGACUCGGGAUGGCGCGGAUUUCAAUUUGCUAAUGGAGCUCUUGCGCGGGGAGCAUUGACAAUUGAUUACAGAGAUAGAAAUCUGCUGCCGUUGGCAAAACAAGUUUUACAUAUUUAGUAUUAGAUACAUAUAUUUUGGAGAUAAGUUCUUUAGUUGUAAGCUCUGAAAACAUGUGCCUAAAAACCAAAGCCACGAUAGCAGCCACAUCAGGCCCACUGGUCGAGAUUGAAUCUAAGCGCAAGAUUGCCAAAUUUUUACACCAAUAUAUAUUUAGAUAUAAGCCAUGUGCAGGGCCCUAGAUUGCUGUUGUUGUUGGCUAGAGUUUCAGUAAGAAAAGUAUAUAUUGAUUUUGCUAUAUAUACAUAUUUGACUUAUGUAUAGUGUAAACUAAAGCACACAUGGAAAAUGAAAAGACUAAAAAAAUUUA